AUGAAAAAUUUCACAAUGUUCACACAGAGAAAACCUCCUUCAAAGGUCAUGAAGAAAUCCAAAAAUGAGCAUGAUCUAACUGAGGAAUUCAACCGGAUUUAUGGCCCAACAGGCAAGAAGAAAAAACCUGGUUCAUCUAGAAAGAAUUUUACGUUUAAAUGGGAACUCAAAAAAUCACCAGGCAAAUCUCAAGAGCCUUCUCGGAACCUGCUUUUCAAAACCCUCUCUGCUAGUGAUGGGGACGGAUGGCCUUCCACUUCUAUGCUCAAUUCUAAAUCAGAAUUCGUGAUGAAUCUAUGCAAACAAGAUAACCUGAUGAAGGAAGCAUGUAAGACCCAAUCAUUAAACCGAGAUCACAUGGCUACUCCAAAGCUCCAGAAGAAUCGAUGGUUAAGCACAAAGCCUUUCUUAAAACCUAAACUUCACGCUUGCGGAAAUAAGGAACAGCUCGGGGCUUAUUGUGAAUUAACAGAAGCAGAGAUCUCUGUACUCCAGAACGACAGAAAAAUACUCAUACUUAUGUAUAAAUAAUAUAAUCAGAGAACUACUCAUUACUUCUCGUGAGCUACUUGAUAGAGAGAAGUAUGAGACCUGAAUAAUGAAACUUCAUAAGUUGAUUGAGAUAUGUCUCUCCGCAUCAGAUAUUGAGUGUCUGAAAUAAAGCUCAUUUCCUUGCAGCUUGAGUAUUUGUGAACAAGGGAAAUUCAAGACAAGCAAUCAAGCAUUACCAAUAUUUACGUAACAUCGUAGAAGCUACUCAUGAUAAUGCACUCAAGUGUCAUGUUUACACAGAAAUGGGCCUGUGAUACCAACAACUUAAGGAAUUCAAGAAAGCAAUCAGGUGAUUCAAAAAGCUCCUUGAAACUUCAUGGAAAAUAGAGGAUAAAUAUCAAGAAGCCAGGUCUUUCGAUUAUCUUGGAAUUCAAUAUUUCUACCUCGGUAAUAUUGAGAGGGCAAAUUAUUAUCAUUCCAGGUGGCUCAACGGAAGUUAUGAGUCAAACUCCUCAAAUAUCAGACGGGUGUAUUCCAAUAUCUCCAAGAGAAAGUUUAAGUAUCCCAUCGUUAAGGAAAGCCAACUAUACUUUGAGACUGAGAAAAAUGUUGAAGAUUUAUAUAAAAGUCAAGCAUUUAUGAAGCUUAGGUCUAUUAUUCUUAAAACUCCUGUGGUUCAUCUUGCAACCCUGAAAAAGUCAGGAACGAGUAAGAACCUUCCUAAUGUAGCCUACCCUUCUCCGAGACCUAAAUAAGAGCUUAAUAGGCAAAAAUUCUGGAAUGUUAAGAAGAAUCUCAAUGAUGCAAAAUUUAGUAAAAAUAGAGAAAUACAAGCCUGUUGAUGAAAUUUAUAGCGAAGUAGCUUUGAGCAAGAAAGCCCCUAUAAUUCGACAACAAACUCCUAUUUCACAAAUUGAUGAUAGGGAUCUUCCUUCUCCAAGAGUAAAGAUGGAACUUGAUAUUAAAAGUCAUGGGAAAGACAAGCACAUUACUGCUGAAUUUAUCAGAAAGCAUUCAAAACCAGUAGACUUCUACAACAUAGUUGGAGGAGAGUUAGCUACAUUGGAGAGAAAAUCCACAAAGAACACUACUUUUAAAAUUCAUAAGAUACCUCAAAAAUCUCUCAGGGAGAUCUCUGAAGAAAUUGAUUUCGGUAAUAUUAUUAAAAAGGCUAAAGCGAAGCCAAAGAAAAAUAUUAGUAAAAUAACUAUUACUCAUUUAAGCCCUAACAGGGCUACAAGAGAAGAAGCUACUCAUUGUAUCCCUUCUGAAACUGACAUGCCGACAAUAAAGCAUACCAAGAGUGUACUCCAAAGAUACACUUCUAUGUUUCUCCUUUAAUUCAGCUUCAAUACCC